AUGAUGGGUUUCGUCUUCUCGCUCUUCCUGGCGGUCUGUGCCCUCCUGUCUGGGGUCCUCGCCGCCCCUGCCGCAGCUGCUCCGUCCGGAGCGGCUGUGACCUCCACCGCCCUGGCUUCUGUCCUCGCUUCUGUCUUCCCUGUCGUGCCUGUCCUGCCCGAGGUGUCGAUCCUGCCCAUCGACCCAAUCGAGCCCGCCGACCCCGUCACCGUCCGCCCGCCAGGCGCCCACCCGCCCCCGCCCUGGUUGCCCAUCGAGUGUAUUCCCGAGGGCCCCGAGGGGAAGAUGCCCAUGCCGUGCUACUUUGCCAGGCAUGAGGCGGCGCGGUCGGCCCCGGACCUCGAGGCCACCACGCCCAUCACUCCCGCCCCCGUCCCCGUCCCCACCCCCGAGCCCUCCUCGUCUCCUCUGCCGACCUCGCCUGCCCCGGAGCAGCCCACCGGCUACGAUUGGGAUGCCAGGCCAGACUGGGCCGUCGGCCUGAGCGACGAGGAGUGGGCCGGCCUGCGCGCCAGGCUGAGCUCCAUGCUCGGGGGCGUUCCUGUGGACACGGCCACCGGGACCAACGGCGGGGCCUUCGUCCUCCACCGCGACGUGCCGUCCGGUUUCCCCGAGGGCAUGUUCGCGAGCAUCCUGGCGGCCCGGCAAACGGCGACGACCCUGGCCACCGUCACCAGGACGCAGGAGCGCGGCCAGGUUGAGACGUUCCUGGCUAAGCGAGAGGACGGUUGUGCCCCGGCGUGCGGGCCCAUGAUGGAAGCUGGGCCCAAACACCCCUAG